AAAUAGCAGCUCUAUUUGUAGGUCGAAAGCAGGAAGUAAACCUCUAAUUAUUUAGAAAACUCUAUUUCUCUCUGUGUGUUCUGAAGGAAACAAAAGCAGAAGCGCUGAUGGCGUCACCUGGGAUCAGCAACUGUCCCCCCCUGGCUAAGGAGCCAGACCCAGCUCACCAGCGGCCCCGGCACAGCAGCAGCCCCAGCACAGCAGCAGCUACAGCCUCCCCCAGCUCCGGGCACGCACAGAGAGCUGCUGCUGCACCAGGAACCGCAGUGACACCAGUGCCACCGCAGAGAACAGCCCAGCACAGCAGCGCUGCUUGGCAGCACGCAACGGAGGGUGGAAAAGACGAAAUGCAAACAAAAGCCACAAGCAACUUCAGCCACUCUAUCAAUGGCAGCAACUGCACCAGCGAUAACAGAAUCAGACAUGUCAUCUUCCCUUUGCUUUACACCCUUCUCUUCCUGGUGGGUCUCACUAUGAAUGGCCUGGCAACGUGGAUCUUCUUCAAAAUAUCAAGUAAAUCCAAUUUCAUCAUCUUCCUCAAGAAUACUGUCAUAUCUGACAUCCUCAUGAUUCUGACUUUUCCAUUUAAAAUCCUCAGUGAUGCACAGUUGGUACCGUGGGCACUGAGAGGGUUUGUGUGCCAGGUCAGCCAGGUCAUAUUUUACUUCACCAUGUACAUCAGCAUCUUGUUUCUUGGGCUGAUAACCAUUGAUCGCUAUCAGAAAGCCACCUCGCCAUUCAGAACAUCGACCACAAGGAGCCUCCUAGGUGCCAAGAUGCUUUCCAUGGCAAUUUGGAUAUCGAUGUUUACUCUUUCAUUACCCAACAUGAUUCUAUCGAACAAGAAAAAAACUCCUGAGAACGUAAAGAAGUGUGCUCUCCUGAAAUCUGAGUUUGGCUUAGUCUGGCAUGAAACUGUAAACUACAUCUGCCAGUUUAUCUUCUGGGUUAAUUUAAUGGUCAUAGUUGUAUGCUACAUACUUAUAAGCAAAGAACUGUAUAAAUCCUACCAGAGGACCAGGUGCACGGGAAGACCAUCAAAAAAGUCUGUAAAUCUGAAGGUUUUUAUAAUAAUCGCAGUGUUCUUCAUUUGUUUUGUGCCAUUCCACUUUACCAGAAUUCCCUACACUUUGAGCCAAACAAGAAAUGUUUUUGACUGUUCUGCAAUGAACACCCUGUUUUACUUAAAGGAGAGCACGCUGUGGCUGACAUCACUAAACGCUUGCCUAGAUCCAUUCAUUUACUUUUUCCUUUGCAAGUCGUUUCGAAAGUCCUUGCUGGGCAUGCUGUGCAAGCACUCCACAUCACCAGAACUGUCAGCUCAAACAGCGGCGCUGGAUGAAAGAGACGACACUGAGGAUACCCCGGUUUAGCACAAAGAACCACCCACACCCCUGCCUGGCCAGGGGGGGCAGAAGAAUCCUGCUAAGGCUAACUACAAUUUCACCUGCACCUUCACAAAUUGCCCUACAGAUGAAACAGACCCAUGGAACCAACAUCGCCGCUCACAAAAAGGACAACAGUUCGGACAGCUGGAUACCACAAGAGCACCGUCUGCUCACAGGCUCCACGUCUGACCGAGCUGGAGGAAAAAGUUUGAAUUUAUAGUUGGAGCUGUAAGAAAAAAUUAAACCAGAGUCACAGAACACUACAGGACAGAUGAGCUGCAGGGAUUUUGCAGAAACAGCUUAAUUUGGGCCAGCAGAAAGUCCAUGACAAAGAAGGAAUGGAUGUAAAUAAACCCCAUAACAAAGGUAGCUUUUCAGUACGGGAAGUUGUCACUUAGCAUGCAAUCACCAGACAAACAGAAAUGCAGCACACGCUAGGUAAGCUGUUUGCCUGUGCAGAUUUCUGGUAACAGCACAAUGUUUUGCUUAUCUCAGUAUACGCUCACAAUUCUUAACCCACUGGCCCAAAAUCAGUCAUUGUACAUCACAAGAAAUUACUCCACAGUCAGGCUUAUUUUGAUGUGACUUCAAUCUUCAAAUACUUCACCUUAGUAGUUAAAAAAAUAACUUCUAUAGAGAAAGAUACAUUGCAUUUAAAAUGCACAAAGGCUUGAUUUACAGAACAUUUAGAUCUUAGGGAAAGAAAGACUCACGGUAAAAUCUUUACUAAUCACUAAGGACCGCUCUCUUGCACUAAACAAUAAUUUUAACCACUUCUCUUCAUUUGGAAAAGAGAGAACAGGCAGGCUGGAAUUUUCAGGAGCAAUCAUCAUACAAACCCUAAGCUGAUGAGAUGGAUUAGGGCUCAUUUAUCAUCACUGCAAAACAGCUCCCAUUCAGAAACAUGUGCCACCACCACAUAAGUGUGCAGACUGGGCACCCAAUGUCCUGCCUACCCUCCUCCGAUGGUUUCUGCUCCUUGGUGGGGCACAGGGAGUUUUCAGGACUGAUAUCCAACUUCCUAAAGCAUUCAAACACAGUUCACGCGUCAGCAAUCAGCCUUGGAGCCAACACAACCUGUCAGCACAAACCAAGGACUUCACAAAGCCUCCUGUGCACAGAUUACACUUCAGUGCAUUCCAGCAUCAAAAACAGGGCACUGUUAUUUCCCCAGAACCAGCGUGCAGUCACUUCACUGCAUGCUUUCAGCACCAGCCUGGGGCCCAGGAGGGGCGUGCAAGAUUCCUAACACAAUGCCCACAUUUCUUGCACCUACGGAUGGAGAGAAAGCAGCAAUUAUCCAGCAGAUGCCUCUCCUGGUCAACUGGAGACCAAAAGGAAGACAGAAAAGCAACAAAAAAACAUGAUUAAGUAACUCGGUAUGUGAAAAUGAGGAAGGAAACGACACACCACCACCAGCAGAAAAG